GGGUCAUUUACUUUACUCAAGCAGCUGUCUUGAAUAAAGGUCACCUUGUCUUGUCAUUGGUGACACCUUUUAUUAAGGUUAAACCAUUAGCCCGACCUUUGUAUGUGUGUGUGUUGCUUGAGUAAAGGUUAAGUAAGAAAUGUAAUGUUAACUUUGUUUGGGACAAUUUUGAAGGAUACUUUCUUUACUGACCUCUAAUCCAAGUUCAAUGGACAAUAGGAACCACUUAAUUGUUGUUCAAAUGAAUGCCUUACUUUGGAUCAUUGGUCAUUUAAUUGGUUUAAUUGCUGCUAAUGAUUCAACGUGUUUUGAUUGCAUUUUUAAGGUUCAGUCGAGUAAAGCGAGUGAAUCGUUUGUUCAAAAUGAUAAGUUGAAUUUUACUCCAGCUUGGCUCCAAUUAGGCAAACCAGACAAUGAUAUUGAUCUUUGCUUAAACUCCAUUGAAUGUCGCCAAUCCGUGGUGAAACAGUAUUUAAUAGACAAUGGUCAUGAUUGUAAUGGCGAUGGCUCGAUUGGUUGUAUAGAUUAUGCGCUCAUUUUCCUAUCAAAUGAUUCCAAUUGUCAGACAGCACCGUCAAUAGUCGUUGAGUCCCUCAGUCAACAAGUCAAUUCAUGUCUUGAUCAAGAUAAAAACGUUAUCUCUAAUCUUGAUGAGGUUACAAGUCAGUCAAGUUACACCUUAACUGGCGAUAACCUGGAGCCAUCAACCGAAGGUUAUGAAACCUUACGCACAACCAUUCCACCAGUUGCAGCCAAUUUGAUUAAUAAAGAAUGUUUGAAAUGUAUUUGUGAAGCUUCGACCAACUGUGACAGCAAUACUUCGUGUACUAAUGAAGCAUGUGGACCUUUCCGUCUGUCUCGUAAUUAUUAUGAAAGUGCUGGCAGUCCUGGAGAUGGAUUUGAAGUUUGUUGCCGUGAUGUAGCUUGUUCAGAGAAAGUUAUCCAAAGUUACGUUUUGAAACACCUUAAAGAUUGUGAUUCCAAUAGCCUGAUUGACUGUGACGAUUUUGCGGCAAUUCAUCGAUAUGGAAAUUCUUGUGCAAACUAUAAACAUAAGCAGACCGAAUAUUGGCGUCAUUUUGAAUAUUGCACAGUUAUGGCUGAUAGUGUUAGACGUGAAGUCGAUCCAUGGGAAAAUAGUCCAAGACCAAGUGUAAACCAGCCGUCAAUGUCAUUACCACCAUUGGUUCCUUAUCCAGUUCGCUUGGGCUUUUCUACUAAACCACCAAUUAAUACAAUAAAUCAUUUAACCAGUCAAAUGAUCAACUUGGAUGAGCACUGUUUGAAUUGCAUCUGCCAAGCAAGUAGUGGAUGCAAUAUAACUCGAACUCAAUGUCCCAAUGGAAGCAAUUGUGGUCCAUACCAAAUCGAUUUAUCUUAUAUCAAAGAAGCUGGUGGAGAUUCCAUGGCAGAUAACACGUUUGAGGAUUGUGCCAAUGACAAAGAAUGUUCUGAAAACAUAGUUAGAGUUUAUAUGAAAAGAAAUGUUAUGGAUUGUAAUGAAGAUGAAAUAUUAGACUGUACUGACUUUGCAUUGGUUCAUAAACUUGGUCGAUCUCAUUGUCGUCAGGCCAGGGAAGUUGAAAGCUUCUUGAAUUCAGCUUAUUGGGCGGAAUUUCAAGCUUGUUAUGGCUUUGAUUAACUAAAUUUAUGUAAAUAGAAACUAAAUGUUUAAAAAUUAAAUCGAUUAAAGGUUUACAAUUAAAAAA